UAUUUUUCAUAUCAAGCAAACUCCGGUAGUUAUCAGACUAGAAAAUUAUAUUCCCAACCAUGAACCAGAUGAAGCACUCUUCUCUGCAUUCCAAGUUGAUUUUGUUCAUAUUUUUUCAUGGAAUUCUUCUUUUGUUUAUGAGCUCAAGUGCUUUUGCAGAUGAGUCUGAUGGCUUGGCAUUGCUUGGCUUCAAGAACCGGAUUAGUGAAGACCCACUUCAAAUCUUGAGCUCAUGGAAUGAUUCCACCCAUUUCUGCAACUGGUUUGGUGUUACUUGCAACCCCUCCAGUAAAAGAGUUAAGGUUCUGAAUCUGGAAGCUCAAAGAUUGGUUGGCUCCAUAGCCCCUUCUGUGGGAAAUCUUACUUACCUUACUGGAAUCAACCUGAAAAACAACAGCAUACAUGGUGAAAUUCCUCAACAAUUGGGAAGACUAGUGCAUCUGCAGCAUCUCAACUUGAGCUUCAACUCCUUUGGUGGGAACCUUCCAACUAAUCUUACUCACUGUACACAACUUAGAGUGCUUGAUGUUGGUGCCAACAAACUUGUUGGGCAUAUUCCGGAGCAAUUUAGUUCAUUGUCAAAGUUGGUUUACCUUAAACUUGGUGGGAACAACCUUACAGGAACAAUCCCAGCAUGGAUAGGAAACUUUUCUUCUUUGCAAAUGCUUGCACUUCUCCUGAACAAUCUACAAGGGAGCAUACCAAGUGAUCUUGGCCGUCUAUCAGGCUUGGGAUAUUUUCAACUUUAUGGGAAUAAUCUGUCUGGUACAAUCCCUCCUCUGAUCUUCAAUAUAUCUUCCAUAUACUAUUUAUCUGUUACUCAAAACCAGCUGCAUGGAAGGCUUCCACCAGAUGUUGGAGUUACUCUUCCUAACCUUGAAAUAUUUGCCGGUGGGGUUAAUAGUUUCACAGGGCCUAUUCCUGUGUCAUUGUCAAAUGCUUCUAGACUUAGUAUACUUGACUUUGCUCAAAAUGGUCUUACUGGGACGGUGCCUCAAAAUCUAGCAAGUUUGAGUGGCUUGGUUAGGCUUAAUUUCGAUGACAAUAGGCUUGGAAAUGGGAAAGUUGAUGGCCUGAAUUUUAUUGGUUUUUUGUCUAACUGUACUAGUUUGGAGGUCUUGGGACUUGGUCGUAAUCAAUUUGGUGGAGUACUGCCAAGCUCCUUAGCCAACCUUUCCUCCACUCUGAAUAUUCUUACUAUGGGUGAAAACAUGAUACAUGGAAGCAUCCCAAUUGGGAUUGGGAACCUUGUUAACUUAACCCUUCUAGGAUUAGAAGGUAACUAUUUGGGUGGUCGUCUCCCAGAUGUUCUUGGGAAGCUCCACCAGUUACAGGGACUACAUCUGCACUAUAACAAUUUUUCAGGGCCAAUCCCUUCCUCCUUAGGUAACCUUACUAAAUUGACAAAGCUUUUUAUGGAUGAUAACAAAUUUGAGGGAAGUAUACCCCCAAGCCUAGGAAACUGCCAAAACUUGCUUCAUCUAAACCUUUCUAGUAACAAUCUCAAUGGUACCAUACCAAAACAGGUUAUUGGUCUUUCUUCCCUUUCAAUUUCUUUGGUCAUGUCAAAUAAUUCUUUGACAGGUACACUGCCAUUUGAAGUGGGUUACUUAAAAAAUCUUGGGGAGUUAGAUCUCUCAGAUAAUAGAUUAUCAGGUGAAAUUCCUGCUUCCCUUGGUAGCUGUAUUAGUUUGGAUCGUUUGCAUUUGGAUGGUAAUUCAUUUGAAGGAGCAAUUCCUCUAUCUUUGAAGACACUAAGAGGUUUAGAAGAUAUUGAUCUUUCGCGCAAUAACUUGUCAGGGCAAAUUCCUGAAUUUCUUAGCAAGUUUUUGUUACUUAAGCAUCUCAAUCUUUCUCAUAAUGAUCUCGAGGGAAAAGUCCCAAGUGAAGGGAUUUUUUUGAAUGUGAGCGCAAUUUCAAUAUUUGAAAAUAACAAGCUAUGCGGUGGUGUCCUAGAAUUACAUUUACCAACAUGCUACAGAAAGAGUCAACAUUCAUCCGGGAAACGCCUUGCACUCAAGGUAGUCAUUCCAGUCGUUGGGAUAGUCAUAUUUAUACUUGUUCUAUUGUAUCUUUUCCUCACAUGUUCUAUGGUUAAGAAUUCGAGAAAGAGACCUUUGGCCACAUCUUCCUUAAAUGAUUGGCAAUUGGGUAUAUCUUAUGCAGAACUCCAAAAAUCAACUAACGGUUUCUCAGUGGACAAUUUGAUCGGUUCAGGUGGUUUUGGUUCUGUAUACAAAGGAGUUCUUUCUAGCAGUGGAGCAAUUGUUGCAGUUAAAGUGUUAAAACUUCAACAACAAGGAGCUUCCAAGAGUUUUAUUGAUGAAUGCAAUGCUUUGAGAAUUUUACGGCAUCGUAAUCUCCUUAAGAUUAUCACCACUUGUUCAAGCAUUGAUCAUCAAGGGAACGACUUUAAGAGUCUAGUUUUUGAGUUCAUGUCUAAUGGAAGCCUAGACCAGUGGUUGCAUCCUAUAGAGGGUGAGCAACAUAAAUGCAAGAGAUUGAGCUUUAUUCAGAGACUAAACAUAGCCAUGGGUGUUGCUUAUGCAUUGGAAUAUCUUCAUCUCUAUUGCGAAACGCCGAUUGUUCAUUGUGAUAUAAAGCCAAGCAAUGUCCUCCUCAAUGAAGAUAUGGUAGCCCAUGUUGGUGACUUUGGAUUAGCGAAGUUCAUCUUUGAAGCAUUAGAUAAUCGCUCCAAAAAUCAAGCAAUGUCAGACUUGUCAGCUGUGUUGAAGGGUUCUAUUGGGUACAUUCCUCCAGAGUAUGGGAUGGGUGCCCAAGUUUCCGUACUUGGAGACAUGUAUAGCUAUGGGGUACUCUUGUUAGAGAUGUUCAUUGGAAAAAGACCUACUGAUGACAUGUUCAAAGAAGGUUUGAGCAUUCGCAAGUUCACUGAAAUGGCUUUGCCGGAACAUGUCAUGGAUAUAGUGGACUCGUCAAUGCCCUUUGAAGAAGAUGAAGAAGAUGCUAAUGAUGAGAAAAAUAAAGAAGGCAUGGAAGAAAGCGCAGUAAUUGAAGAAGUUGAUUGUCAUUUCAAUGCCAUAAGCAAAGUGGAGGAUUGCUUGGUCUCAGUGUUGCAGAUUGGACUGUCGUGCUCUGCAACAUCACCUCUUGCGCGGAUGCCCAUAAAUGUUGUCGUCAACAAACUGAGUGCAAUUCGAGACGCAUUUUUUCAUGUUAAAUCACUAAACUAGUACCAUAAAAAUAAAGAUGGAGGAAUUGGGUUUUGGCAAUUUACCAAACCCAUAUUGUAUUGCAAUAUUUAUAGAUGUACAGAUUACAUUACACAGAAACAAUCCUAUCAGCUAGUGACUGGUUUGAAUACAAGAUGUCUUGUAUACCACCUCUGGCUGCAAAUGUUACUGCCUUGUCAUGUCAGCAUGUUCUUUAUCUACAAUGUUCUGAAUUUGAACACG